GCUCUGUGGCAACUUUUUAACCAAUCACGAUCGUUGUAUAAAGAAAGCGCUCCGAUUAUUGUCUGCUAGCUGACUGAAAAGCCAUAAUUGAACGAGCUUUCAUUCUGCUUUUAGUAAGUCAGCACAAGUCUCGAAGAGGAUUGUACAUAUGCAAGUGUCGCAACGUGAUUGAUUUGUUGGUAAUUGUUCGAGUGUCCAUCGUGGUCCGUCGCAAGAGAUAAUCAAUACUAUUCUGAAAGCAACUGUGCUGAGGAAACAUAUAGACAUUAUGAAUACACCAUACACAUGCAUUACCUGUCGUGUGGCAUUCAGGGAUCUUGAUAUUCAAAGACAGCAUUAUAAGUCCGAUUGGCACAGGUAUAACUUGAAGCGGAAAGUUGCUGACUUGCCGCCAGUAACAUCGGAUGAGUUUCAGAGAAGGGUGAUUGCACAGCGAGGAAAAGAGGAACAAUCUUACAACUGCAAAGCCUGCAGAAAAAGUUUUAACACAAAAAAUCAGUUUGAGAAUCAUGCGAUAUCAAAAAAACACAAAGAAAAAGCCUUAUCUUUCCAUGAUGAGGAUGUUCUUGAAGCCACUACAUUAGAAGCAUCGAAAAAUGGCGAAAAUUUAUCAGCUAAAAAUAACUGCCGACCAAAUUCUCGCUUCAAAAAUCCUCCUGAAACCCUCGAAGACAUGGAAAUUGAUUCAGAAGUCGAAUCUAUAGAUUCGGACGAAUGGAUAGAAGAUACUGAAAAUCCGGUUGAAAAUAAUGACUGUCUUUUCUGUAGUCAUCACAGCAGGUCCUUUGUCCGUAAUCUUAAACACAUGACCGAAGCUCAUUCUUUCUUCUUACCUGAUCCUGAAUACUGCACGAACCCCAGAGGAUUGCUGAUAUAUCUUGGUGAGAAAGUUUAUGCAGGGUACAUGUGCCUUUGGUGCAAUAACUCUGGUAAAGCAUUCCAAAGUGCGGAGGCAGCCAGAACUCACAUGCUGGACAAAGGACACUGCAAGAUGCUCCACGAAGGAGAAGCUCUGGCAGAGUACGCAGACUUCUAUGACUACUCUUCGAGUUAUCCUGAUGAAGGGCACGAAAAUCCAGAUGAAGAGGUCCAAAUUCCAGAAAUUGAUGAUACCGAUUAUCAAUUAGUGCUCCCAUCUGGAGCCACUAUUGGACACAGAUCUCUAAUGCGGUAUUAUAAACAGAGUUUGGAUCCAAAUAGAGCACUAGCUCUGCCAAAAAGAGAUAAAUUGCGAGCAGUUUUAACACAAUAUAGAGCUCUGGGGUGGACUGAUACACAGAAGGAAGCUGCGAUCAAGAAAGCUAGGGAUAUAAGAUACAUGCAAAAAGUUCAAGCUAGAUACUCGACACAGCUACAAUUUAAAGCGAAUAAAUUGCAGAAACAUUUCAGGCAACAAGUCAAUUUCUAGGUGGUAAUUGUUGCGUUACUGAUCACAGUAAUUAUAUAUCAAUAAACAGUCUCAACAGGAACUAUUAUCGAAAACGGUAACUUUUUUCUUCACCUCACUUUUGAGAUGAAAUAUUAUCGCCCCUUCUUGUUCAAAUUACUUUAAGUUUUUUCCGAACGUUUUUGUUUCCCCACGUAAACUAUCGACGAUCAUCUUUGUGCCUUUCAUUUAAAAUUAACGAUAUUGAAAGAUGUUAAAAUCAUUGUUAUACAGUUCAGUUCAGAUGCUGGCAUUCACAUUUGAGCACUUGUAAAUUGAGGUCGAACGUUGCAGUUCUAAAUACACUUCAUUACACCGAGUGUAUGUUUAGAACAACAUUCAUAUUCUAUUUACCUGAUUUAAAUUAUUGUGUUGACCUGUAGAACUUUACAAAGUUCCUACGACAUCAUUGUAAUAUGAAUUCUUUGAUGCAUAUGAUAGUUGAGGAAAUAAAUGAAUGCUGUGACAUGGAUUAUAGUAAAA